CUGAAGAGCAUACAAGAAAAAUGUCUUCUCUGCAGAGCACAAAUCCAGAAAACACUGACCCAGACUUAAAAUUUGAUGAUUCAGUAGCAUCACAUUUUAAUACUGAUAAGGUGAAGCUUCUGGAUGAAAUGUCAGAAAAAUAUAACACAAUAAAAAGAGAGAGAAUAAAGGAGUAUAACAGCAGAAUGCGAAGUGAACUGGCAAGAAUACAGACCUUUGUUGGCUAUCCAACCUUUUCAGCUUGCACUCCAGAGGAAAUGGCCGCUGCUGGUUUUUAUUAUUUUAACAAAGAUAUUUAUGUACAGUGUUUUUGCUGUGGAUUGGUAAUGUGCAGCCAAAGCCUGAAGAAGUCAACAUUUGCCCUUCAUAAGGAACGUGAACCCAACUGCCACUUCAUGCAAGGCAUAGAUGUGGGAAACAUUCCCAAAUAUAAUGUCAGAGUUAGGAAGCCAGUGGAAGUUACCCAGGAGGCCGCAGAGAGGUAUCAGAAAAAGGAUUCAAGACUGGAGUCUUUCCAGAAUUGGCCUUUUUACACCCAGGCAAAACCUUCCGAGCUUGCAGCUGCUGGCUUCUUUUAUACAGGGCUGAAAGAUGAUGUUCAGUGCUUCUCAUGUGGUGGAAGUUUAGGUGACUGGGAAGUUGAUGACGAUCCUUGGAAAGAACACUGCAAAUGGUUCCCAGAAUGUGAAUACCUUCAUUCAGUGAAAACAGAACAGGAAAUCAAGCAAUAUGCCAAGAACUAUGUUGGCUUUACAGGAGUAACGAGGUUGGAGGCAAAGCAAGAGUUUGAAGUUGGCACCCAUGCAGUAGCUGACGAUGAUGAUGAUGAGACACAGAUACCUGAGUCACAGUCUGAUGACACAGUGUCACUAUUUGUCUCCAUCUUGGGUGGAUCUCCAACCGCAGUACAGGCUGAAGGCAGCAAUGAUUCCACAAUGGCUGCUUCAUUAGAAGAGUGCAACACAUUUGGAAUGCGUUUUCAGGACAGUGUUCAGUGCUUUACCUGUGGAGGGCAAGUGUACAAGUGGGAAGUUGAAGAUGACCCAUGGAUAGAACAUGCCAAGCAUCUUCCUCAGUGCCAUUUUGUUCUCCAGAAAAAUGCAAAAGAGCAAACGGAAGUCACAGGAGAUGAAGUCAGUAAAAGACAAGUCAGUCAGCCUUCAGUGAAUGAAAAGUCAGGAGUUUUUCAUCAGAGUCCAUUCAUGAAAGAAACAAGAGAGAUGGAGUUACAGUUGAAGGGGUUCUACAGAAGUCCAGCAUUUUCAAAGAUGUUCCCGUUUGGUGAUGCUGUGCAUCUGCCUGUCGACUUGUGCCACACAUUUGCUGAUCUGCACAUAGUCCUGAAGAACAUCAAAGACCAACCAGUGAGUAGGGUUUUCCUACCUGACAUGCUAAGAGACCUCCAUCACAUCACUGUAAUUGAAGGAGAAGCUGGUAGUGGGAAAUCCUCCCUCCUGAGGAGGAUAGCAAUCCUGUGGGCAUCUGGUUGCUGCCCAGUACUCAGCAGGUUCAAGCUGGUGUUUUACAUCCCUCUUUCUUCAGUAGAAAAACAUAAUGAUAUCAGUGGAAUAAGUAUAACAGGUUGUCAGACUAGUGUGAAAGUGCCUGGACAUCACCUUCGAGAUAUGGCCAAUUUAUAUGGAAAUCGGUUGCUGUUCCUUCUUGAUGACUAUGGUGAUGGUCCUGCUGUCCCUGCCUUUCUUGAAGAGAUUAUUCGGAAGAACCCAGUUAACAGAGUGGUCAUGUUGAUUGGUAUCCGAACUAACAAAGCAAGCAUGCUUCGCCAGAUUGCUAGAGUCUUCAGCAUUCAAGAGUUUCCUCUGUACAGUUCCUUUUACUUACUUAAAAUGGUUUUUUCUCAUGAUGUGAUGAAGAAAGAGUCAUUUAUACAUGAUCUAUGUAAGUUUCCUGCUCAGCUGACAAUAUUAAAGACUCCCCUUUUUACCUUUGCUAUAUGUGUUCUCUGGGUGCAUUAUCCUUUACAAAACAGCUUCAGCCCAUAUGACAUUUUUAAGACAUUCCUGCAGUAUAUAACCCAUAGGCACAGCAGUAGGGACAGUUCAUGUCUGGUUUCUGUCUGUGGCAGUCUUGCUUUGAAAGGCAUUUUUGAAUCCCAGUCUAACUUCACUGCGGAAAAUAUAAGAGAGUUGGAACUAGAUGAAGGCAAGUUGCUCCAGCUGGGAUUAUUGACAAAGUUUACAGCACAGAGGUUGCACCCAGUCUACAGGUUUUACCAUCACUACUUCCAAACUUUUUUGGCUGGGAAAAAAAUGAUACAGCUUCUUGAAUCGGACAUCCCGAAUGAAAGAGGUCAGGGCAUGCAGUACUUAAAGAAGAUUGACACCAUUGUCAAAGUGCUGAGUGAUUUCCGUGAACUUCUGCUCAGUGCUAUGACAUGUUCUUCAUCUUCAGCUUUGCAGAUUAUUACACACCUUUUCCAGAUUCUACAGUCAGACAGCCUGAUUGGAAGGGACACAGAAAGCUGGGAUAUAUUUCACCACCAAGAAGUUAUUCAACAGCUCUUUGAGACAACUAAGAAAGGUUUUGUUACUGUUGAUAAUGCAAAUCUGAGAAUUCAUAUGGCACAGAUAUUUUUGGAUUUCAUUAUUCAGCUAGCCAUUAAAGGUCAGUGUUUAGAAAAGUGCUACCCUGAAAUUGUGCUCUACUUACGUGGCAAACAGUUACAAUUCUCAACUUCUUCCAAUGAAAAAUGGCAGUUACUUGAGGUUUUGAAGAAUCACCCAGAGUGUUUGCCACUUUUGGAAGGUAUCAGUCUUAUACUGAUUGGUAAAAAUGCAUUCAUGAAACUGGGGUCACAUCUGCUGCAAAGGUAUGUAGACAGACAAGGACCACCUACUGUGGAAAGCGAAUAUGAAUCCACUGUUCAGUGCUAUACCACCCAGACAAAAGAGGCAGAGAUGGAAAGUACUCUGCACACCUUAAAUCGCCACUAUGAAGUGAUAAAAUCUUACAUUCCUAAGGAUGUGACAGAGGCACUGUAUCCAGCUGCAGGUAAAUUCCAGGUGCCUUUGCUACAGUUGAAUGUCUAUGGACUGAAUGGUCUAGAUGAAGAUGACUGUGACAAUCUGGCAGCGAUUUGCUCUACAGCAAAGUGUUUACAUCUGAAGCUGAUUAGAAGCCCUUUCUUUCUUAACAGUAUAAUACCAGUUUUGUUUUACUACAAAGACUUGCUUCUGAGCUGUACAAUUGAGCAAACAGAAUUAGAUACAAAAGAACAGUUUCUUCUGACCUGCUGUACCAGGCUAGAGUCACUGCACAUAAAAGCGGAUGAUCUUCAGCAAGUACCAGGUAUGGACUGCAAACUAAUUACAUAA